GUUUAUAUGUUGGUGUUUUUUUGGUUUUAAUUCUCCAAAUGAACAUCCACGUAUUUCAAACAAAGAACGUCUUUUUCUCAAUAAACAUAUACCACCACGCCCACCGAGAGUAUGCAAAGAGAAAAACAACAGGCUGAAACAAAUGAGUUUCGGUCCCGGUUCAAAUUCAUCUCGUUAACUUUCCCAAAAGUUCGAAAUGAUAUUAAAAAAAUUGAUACACUUCGCAGUGCUUAUUGCAUGCAUUUUCAAUGAAAUAUAGUACUGAGCAAGCUGCUUUAAUCCUAUUAGAAGUAAUAUAGUUCAGAUAUGGGCAAGAUGGUUGUGGUUUCGAUCCCGGCGGAAUCAAAACCAACACUUUUUCAUUCUGAGUAAUAUCUUUUAUAGUCGUGUAAAACUUGCAUCAAGUGUCAUAUUCUCAUGACUCAUGAUUUGUAAAAACUUAUGCAAAAACUAUUGAGUAACGAUCACUUCAUUAUUUCCUGUUUCAGUUUCGAUAGUAAAACGAACCAUUUUUUUCAUAAAUAAUAGAGCUGUCGAACAUAAACGUACACAGUAGACCAAAUAUGAAUCAAUUAAAACACAAUAGUAAAUCUCCAAAAAGGAAAAUAUUAGAGAUCAUGCGGAUCGUGCAAGAUGUCUCGACCUCAUUGACACUACUAGAAAAUGAUACCGAAUUUUUCGCUAGUACAUGUUUAACUAAGGGUGAAAUCAGAACCAUACAUUUUUCAGACUGGGACUGGAACUAAAAACAAUUGGUUCUGUUCAUCACUAGAUGUAGUCGUUUGAGAUAACUAUUACUUGUAUGCAAUAAGUCCCAACGUAAAAUACUGAUUGCUCAAGAAAACUACCAAGUGAUGUUACUCUGAUCCAUUUUUGACUCAUCGAUGUUUCUUCAUAAAUGCUGUCAAAUUUUCGACAUCUUUAUUGCAAAUAAAUGCUCAGCACUAUGGAGUGUACCGAGUAUUGAUACAAAUAAGACUUUCUAUACGAGUUAAUGAGAAGAAUUUCUGCAAAAUCCGAAACUCUGACUUCCUAACAGAACAGCUUAUCAUCAUAUUAUAUAUAUAUACGUUUCAAUUUUUUUUCAAAGCAUCAAACUACACCAUGGAAGAAAAUUGCUUGCUGUUCACCUGUUUAUGGUCUGGCUAUAAUGCAUAUCUGUUAUACUUAUAUUUAUUAUACUUUAUUAACAUCAUUACCCACUUAUUUUGCUACUAUACUUAAUUUUAAUUUACAACAGAAUGGUUUUAUUUUUGCUUUACCUUAUUUUGUGCAAUUCUUGAUAACAAUUAUUGUUGGUCAAAUAGUUGAUCGUCUACGAGCACGUAAAAUAUUUUCUAUUACAAGGCUUCGAAAAACACAAACGAUUAUUGGUACUAUUGGGACAUGUGGAUUUUUAGUAGCUAUUGGUUAUAUGGGAUGUAAUCAAUUUCGUGCUGUUCUUUGUUGUAUUCUUGCUGUUGGUUUUCUUGGUUUACAAACAUGUGGUGCACUUAUUUCACAUCUUGAUAUUGCAUCAAAUUAUGCUGGAACACUUGUUGGUAUUACAAAUACAUUAGCAACAAUACCAGGUUUUGUUGGUCCAUAUGUUGUUGGAGUCAUCACAAAAAAUAAUCAAACGAUUAAAGCUUGGCGUCUUAUAUUUAAUAUAUCAGCCGGUGUUGGUGCUUUUGGUAGUCUUGCUUAUUGUAUUUUAUUCAAUGGUGAAGAACAAUCAUGGAAUCGAAUAGAACAUGAAAACGAUACAAAUGAAUCGACUAAUGCUUGA